GAGAAAACGUGCGUCAUCAUUAGGCCCAGCUCGAGUUGGUUGCCACUUCUUUGGAUACUUUCUUUAGUCUUCUUCAUGCUCCAAAUACACUUCCUCAGAGAUGGGAGUCUUCCGUCGGGCACCGAGGACGAGGGCAUCGAGCCCUCUCGCCGCUUGGGGGUCGUAGUCGACGAGGAUCACGUGUUGUUGGAAUCCCAAAGCAGACUGGUGAAACUGGUCUCCGCCGAGGCCCGGCCGAUUUUGGGAGUCCAGUCUCUGGAUGGGCACCAGGGUAGAAAACUCCCGUCGGAACUUCUGGAGCUUCAGGAUCCUGAACGACGACCGGUACGUGAGAUGAGAGAGGUGUCCCUGCACGGGUCUGAGACGCUGGAUUAUGAGGGGCUUUCCCCGGUUGAGAAACUGGAUAAUCUUGGCAAAGUCGAUCUACCUUUGUCCAAGGUAGUGGAUAGGCCCAGUAGAGUGGUCAAGCCCGUACUAGAUAUCGCCGCAGCGGACAUUGAUCAAACCGUUCUACCCGUCAAACCACCUUCAGCGAAACUCUCCAAGAUCCACAUCGUGAUUGUGACUAACCGGCGCUCCGGCUCCAGUUUUCUAGGCCAGUUCUUCAAUCAGAACCCCAAGAUAUUCUACCAGUUCGAGCCGCUGAAGUUGACGGAAUGGAAGCGGGAACUCUACCCGGAAAGAAUCAGGUUCCUGCGCCGGUUAGUCAAGUGCGAGUUCACCCGGACGCCCUACUUGGCGGAGUUUUACAGUCGCGAACCGCUCCAUCGGAGGAACAGUAAAGUUAUGAUCGACCCUCCGCUGUGUGAUUUUUUUAGGGGGUCUCCCAAACCACUCACUGAUUAUACGGUCAUGAAGUGUCGUCGUUUGGAAACGGUGCCCCUGAUGCAGGCUUGUCAAAGGAAGCAGCAUCAGGCUAUCAAAUUGAUCAGGCUCUACAACAUAUCAUCUCUAGAGGCUAUGGCUAUGGGUCGCGACAUCAACUUGAAGAUAAUCCACCUGGUGCGCGAUCCACGCGCCAGCCACUACUCGAAAAGCCGCAUCCCGAGCGCCAAUGUCUCACUGGAGAUUGGAGCGUCACUAGAUGGCGCUGUUUCGUACCUCUGCAAGCGCAUCAGACACAACUUGGAGUUCGUCCGCAGUCGGCCGGCGUGGCUACAAGGGAAAUACAAACUGGUUCGCUACGAAGACAUUGCGCAAAACCCUGAACAGAUGGCCCAGGAGAUCUACGAUUUUGUCGGGCUUGGCCAACUGCCGUCAAGGGUUCUCAGGUGGAUCAAAAUCAACACUAAGAGAGCCGUCAAACCUAGCUGGGAACUGGACAUUCAGUACUCCUUGACUAAAAAUGCGUCUCAGGUUCCGGAGGCCUGGCGGCAUCAAGUACCGCUCAAGGUGGUGCUGAGGAUGCAGAAGUUGUGUGGGGAGACUCUGAGGAAUCUUGGUUACCUCAAAGUCAGAUCCAUAAAGGAACUAUUGGACAAAGGCAAGAGUUUGGUGGCAAAACUUCCCUCGUCACGAUAAACAAUCUAUCAAAAGUUACUUCGUACGCCAUGUGUCAGAGAAUACAUUUUUACGUUGCACCCGUAGCCUACCCCUAACAAUCUAUUCCAACUGAACUGACUAGCAAUACUCCGAGCUUUCCAGUGAGACAUAAAUCGUACGAAAAACACUGAGAUUAAACAAUGGACAUACACUAAAAUACAUGUUUACCGUACGUACAUGCAGCUUUUAACAAAAGAACGAAAUAGGGCAUAUGAAUGUCAUCUAAACUAUUACUUACUCAAAAUUGUUAAAAGCUUUUGGAAGAAUUUGACACAUAUAUGAACAAAGGCCUGUCGUGCUUUAUUUUAAUACUUCCAAAAUUCUGAUGUUUUUUGUUAGAGAUUUUUAGGAAUCUAUAUUGUGCCUAAUUAUGUGACAGGGAGAAUAAUACAGUAUUUUACUGAUCAUGAGUUCAUUAAUAAUUGUCACCACAAAUAAAAUCUAUUGAUUUGCACCAAAGAUUAUUAUAGAAGUCACCUGUACAAGUACAUGUGCAUGGUUGUCUCUUGCUUUGUCCAAGGUUUUCGAAACCACGGCUUCGUCUUCGUAGUUAG